AGCAGCCUACACACACAGCCCCACUGUGUUCGCUGGCCUGCUUGCUUGACUUUCCAUCCCUCUAGGCAAGGUCCACAAAUUAGCAGCUUUGUAACCCUCCCAGGACCGGGUUUCAGGACCUUCAGAAGAAAAAGGGCAGUCAGAGAAACAUGAACGCGCUAAUCGGGAAACCAGCAUUUCAACCCACUCAGCCACGCGGGCCAUCCGCACUAACGACUUUCACCUCCCCUCGCCUCGGCUGGCUGGAGGGGCGGGGAUCCCGGCAGUCAGGAGGAGGACCAAAGAGGGGGGCCUGCUUGAAUGAAACAAUGUAACAAUUGAUGUGAAGCCUCGCCUAGCUCCCACUCCCCAGCGAUCCUAUAGGCGAGGUCCCAGUGACUGCCCCUCCCCAUUGCUCCGUUUUCUUGUCCAUUACGCGCUAACCCUCCGCCUCUCCUUCUUUCUUUUCUUUUCUUUUUUUUUUUCUCCUUCUCCUUUUCCCCCGCUCUCUCCCCCUCUCUCCAGCUCCGUGUCAUUUCCUCCUUGCGCUCGCUCGCUGCCCGAGCGUCUCCAGCCAGGAGAGUAGGCGGAGCAGGGCGGUGCGGGGUGGCGUAGAGCUGGAGGGCGAUGGUGGCGGAGCCGCUGGGGGCGGAGGCAACGUAGCCCCCGCGGAAAAGGAGCCCCGCGGCGCCUGAGCCGAGCGGAGGAUGGAGAACCGGCCUGGGUCCUUCCAGUACGUCCCUGUGCAGCUGCAAGGGGGGGCGCCCUGGGGCUUCACCCUUAAAGGGGGUCUGGAACACUGCGAACCGCUCACAGUGUCUAAGAUCGAAGAUGGAGGCAAGGCAGCCUUGUCCCAGAAGAUGAGGACCGGUGAUGAGCUGGUGAAUAUCAAUGGCACUCCAUUGUAUGGCUCUCGCCAAGAGGCCCUCAUCCUCAUCAAAGGCUCCUUCCGGAUCCUCAAGCUGAUUGUCAGGAGGAGAAACGCCCCUGUCAGUAGGCCGCACUCAUGGCAUGUGGCCAAGCUGCUGGAGGGAUGUCCUGAAGCAGCCACCACCAUGCAUUUCCCUUCUGAGGCCUUCAGCUUGUCCUGGCAUUCCGGCUGCAACACGAGUGACGUGUGUGUGCAGUGGUGUCCCCUCUCCCGGCACUGCAGCACCGAGAAAAGCAGCUCCAUUGGCAGCAUGGAGAGCCUGGAGCAACCAGGCCAAGCCACCUAUGAGGGCCACCUCUUGCCCAUUGACCAGAACACGUACCCCAACCAGCGUGAUUCAGCCUAUAGCUCCUUCUCGGCCAGCUCAAAUGCUUCUGACUGUGCCCUUUCCCUCAGGCCAGAGGAGCCAGCCUCUACAGACUGCAUCAUGCAAGGCCCAGGGCCAACCAAGGCAGCCAAUGGCCGGCUUAAUGUGGCUGAGACCUCAGGAGGUGGCCAACGCCCCUGUGGGGGCCAACUGACUCCUGGCUCCCAGAUGUCAUCCCGUCCACAGGAGGUCCACCACUCAGCUCCUGCCAAGGCUGCCAGGGGUCCCCCACAACCUCCAGUAAGGCGAGACAGUCUUCAGGCCUCCAGAGCCCAACUCCUCAAUGGAGAGCAGCGCAGGGCUCCUGAGCUCGUGGACUCCUUGCCACAAAAGGAGCAACCUAGUUUGGACACCGUGCUCUCCCCAAGGAAUCCUAACAGGUUCUGUUGCCUCGGCGGGCCAGACCAAGUGACAAAUGAGAGCCAUCAUAACUGUGAGCUCAGCCAACCUCCUGAAUCCAGCCAGAAGGGCUCUGAGCAUCUACUGAUGGAGGCCUCAGCCAAAGCCAUUGGAUUCCCAAAAGCAUAUGACAAAGCUUCCAGCAUAGAUUCCAGCCCACUCAACAAGGCUUCAGCAGACCUAGCUAAGGCUUCUUUUGGUGGCCCUCCACACCUCACAGGACCCACAGGGCAUCGCCAUAGUGCCCCGGAACAGCUGCUGGCAUGCCACUUGCAGCGUGUGCACUUGGAUACUAGGGACAGCCAGGGGACGGAACUCCCAACGGGGCAGGAUGGGCAGGAGUGGACUCUCUCCCCUUUGCACGGCAGCCACCCAGACAAGAAAAGCCCAUGUCCCCCUGUAGGAGGAACCCAGGACCAGCCCAGCAAAGAGAGAAAGACCAGGCCAGUGGAUGAGAGACCUCUGGGUGCAGGGUGCCAGAGCCCAAGCCGUUCCCCACAUGGAGAGGCUGAUGGACACCCUCCAGAGAGAGGUUUCCAGGACCCCAACAGAGCAAGCAGAGCAGACAGUGAAUUGGCCAUCCAGCAGCCUUCCGCCUCUGGCUCCCUUGCUCAACAAACCAGGGACUGUUCUUCAACCACUAAGGUAGCUGGCAGCACAGAGGCAACUGAGGAAGGGGACAGUGAGCCCAAGGAGUGUGGCCGGGUGGGUGGUAGGCAAAAUGGAGGCACCCGGGGCCGUUCAAUCCAAAACCGGCGGAAAAGCGAGCGUUUUGCUACCAAUCUGCGAAAUGAAAUUCAGAGGAGGAAGGCCCAGCUCCAGAAAAGCAAGAGUCCCCUGUCCCAGCUGUGUGAUGCUAAGGAACCAGUGGAAGAGACCGAGGAGCACCUAGAAAGUCCUCCACUUCCUGCCUCUAACUCAUCCCUUCCAUCUUCAUGUAAAAAACCACCUAGCCCCAGAGACAAGCUCUUCAACAAGAGCAUGAUACUCAGGGCUAGGUCUUCAGAAUGCCUCAGCCAAGCCUCUGAGGGCCCUGAAUCUAGGAUGGGCUUGGAGGGACGCAUGAGCCCUGGCCAGAGGCCAGGCCAGUCCUCUUUGAGCCUCAACACCUGGUGGAAAGCAUCUGACCCAUCCUCCUCGGACUCUGAAAAAACAAAUGUUCACUGUGGAGUCCGUGGAGGUCAUUGGAGAUGGUCUCCAGAGCACAACCUGCAGCCACAAGGGGCACUAGCCAUGGAAGGCCCUUCCAACCCAGGUGACAAGGACUUGAAGGCUUCUACUCCUCAAGCUGGGGAGGAAGCCAUCCUCUUGCCCUUUGCAGACAGAAGAAAGUUCUUUGAAGAGAGCAGCAAAUCCUUAUCUACAUCUCAUUUGCCAGGGUUAACCACUCAUAGCAAGACUUUUACCCAGAGACCAAAAUCUAUAGACCAGAACUUCCAGCCAAUGAGCUCCAGCUAUAGGGAAUUGAGGCGCCAUCCCAUGGACCAAUCAUAUCAUUCCACGGACCAAGCAUAUCAUGCCACAGACCAAUCAUAUCAUUCCAUGUCACCCCUUCAGUCAGAAACUCCCACUUACACCGAAUGUUUUGCCAGCAAAGGCCUAGAACCAUCCAUGUGUUGUAAGCCACUACACUGUGGUGAUUUUGAUUGCCACAGGCUGUGCUCUUACUCGUGCAGUGUCCAGGGAGCUGUAGUACAUGACCCUUGCAUUUAUUGUUCUGGGGAAAUCUGCCCUGCUUUGCGAAAAAGAAAUAUGAUGCCAAACUGCUACAACUGCCGGUGCCACCACCACCAGUGCAUCCGGUGUUCAGCUUGCUAUCAUAAUCCCCAGCAUGGUACCCUCGAGGACAGCAGCUUGGCACCUGGCAACACUUGGAAAACCAGGAAGCCAACAAUGCAGGAAUUUCCUGGGGACAAAUGGAAACCAAUAACAGGAAACAGGAAGACCAGCCAGUCAGGGAGGGAAAUGGCUCAUUCUAAGGCUAGCUUUUCAUGGGCAAUCCCUUUCCAUCCCUGCCUUGAGAACCCAGCACUGGACUUGUCAAGCUACCGAGCAAUCUCUUCUCUUGACCUCCUUGGAGACUUCAAGCACUCCUCAAAAAAAACAGAGGAACCUUCUGGUUAUGAAGAGGAGAGCUCCAUGGCCUCUGCAUCCCGCCCGCUGCGCAGCCGCGCCUUCUCAGAGAGCCACAUCAGCUUGGAGCCCCAGAGCUCCAAGGCCUGGGGGCAGCAUAGGAAAGAGCUCUUUACCAAAGUUGAUGAGACCCAGCCGAAUCCUCUGGGUGCCAGGAAGAAGGCCUUUCCUCCUCCUCGCCCUCCUCCUCCCAACUGGGAGAAGUACAGGCUCUUUCGUGCAGCUCAGCAGCAGCAACAGCAGCAACAGCAGCAGCAGCAGCAACAGCAGCAACAGCAGCAGCAGCAGCAGCAGCAGCAGCAGCAGCAGCAGCAGCAGCAGCAGCAGCAGCAGCAGCAGCAGCGAGAGGAGGAGGAUGAGGAGGAGGAAGAAGAGGAGGAGGAAGGAGUAGAGGAAGAGGAGGAAGGAGAGGAAGAGGAGCUGCCACCCCAGUAUUUCAGCUCAGAAACCACUGGUUCCACCACCCUCAAUCCUGAUGAGGUCCUGGAGCAGCCGCAACCGCUGGGCUUUGGCCACCUGGAGGCCUCGAGGCAGGGUUCACAAAGCCUCCCAGCACAGCAAGAGUCCUUUGCUCUCCAUUCCAGCAAUUUCCUGCCUCAGGCAAGGGGCCACUUGGGAGCUCAGGCUGAGAAGUCUCAGCCCCCCUGCUAUUAUGGCAUUGGUGGGCUUUGGAGGACAUCAGAGCAGGAGACUGCCAAUUCCCCCAAACCAGAAGCUUUGAUGGCAGAAGAGUCCAAACCCAAGCCAGGAUGGAGCCAGAAUUACUUCUUUCCUGAGGAGCAGUUCUCUUUCAUGGGCUGGGGCUCUGAGAAGCAGCACCUCAGCCCCACAGGCUUCAGUGAACCCAAGACAACAGGACAAGAGCUACAGCACUGCUCACCUCCUCAGGGGGCCCCAGGGAUCCCUACCUCUUACUCAGCUUAUUACAAUAUAUCUGUGGGCAAAGCAGAGCUGCUGAACAAGUUGAAAGACCAACCCAAGAUGGCAGAGAUGGGAGAGGAGGAAAUUGACCAUGAACUGGCUCAAAAAAAGAUACAGCUUAUUGAAAGCAUUGGCAGGAAACUUUCUGUGCUGCGGGAGGCCCAGCGAGGAUUGCUAGAGGACAUCAGUGCCAAUUCUGCCCUUGGGGAGGAGGUCGAGGCCAACCUAAAAGCUGUCUGCAAAUCCAAUGAGUUUGAAAAAUACCGUUUGUUUAUCGGGGACCUGGACAAAGUAGUCAACUUGUUGCUGUCGCUCUCUGGACGACUGGCCCGGGUGGAGAAUGCUCUCAACAGUAUCGAUUCAGAGGCCAACCAAGAGAAGCUGGUGCUGAUAGAGAAGAAACAGCAGCUGACAGGGCAGUUGACAGAUGCCAAGGAGCUGAAGGAGCACGUGGACCGCCGGGAGAAGUUGGUGUUUGGAAUGGUCUCCCGCUACCUGCCUCAGGACCAGCUCCAAGACUACCAGCACUUUGUGAAGAUGAAAUCAGCUCUCAUCAUUGAACAGCGAGAGCUGGAAGAGAAGAUCAAGCUCGGGGAAGAGCAGCUCAAAUGUCUCAGGGAGAGCCUACUCCUGGGGCCCAGUAAUUUCUAAUCCCAUCAGCGGACUGCCUACACCAUCCCUGCCCCAGUGCAACGGGAAGUGCUUUCAAUCUUUGUUAGCAAUUUGUUAGCAAGUAGAUAGCAGUUAGUUAGCAGUUUGUUCCAUAUCCUCUACCCUGGAGUCUCUCACUGCCCCUUAACCUAGCAGUGUUCCCAGCCAGCUAAGAGGACCUGGGGAAGCCCUAAGCUUCUACUCGAGGGAGCAGAAGCAAGAAGUAGAAGCUGCAGCAAAGUGUGACCACACAAACCUACAAACCACACUCUCCUUCCCACAGUUUGCACAGCCAAGCGCUCGUUGCACGCAGAACCACCGAAGUGCCUUCAUUCUUCUUUGUAUCAGGACACCAGGAACAUCAUGCACUCACCACCCGCCACCCCCCACCCGACCCCCCCACACACACCAUAAUCUGCCUCUGAAAUCUCAGAGGGAAGUUGCCCAUGCAGCUCCACUCUGCCCUGAGGCUCAUGGCCCAGCCACUUCCCAUGGAGAUCUGGUUGUCUUGAGGGUGCGCACCUACCAUCAGCUUCAGGGCCUUGCCUGGGCUUUGCAGCAGGAAGCACAGAAGGAGCAAUGACACUUACCACAAUGUGAGCCAAGGUGGGGAAUCACCGCCCGGUGCCCUGCUGAGAGGAGCUAUGCUUAAAGGAAUUGAAUCAGCUCUACCCCACCUUCCUCAGCAGCUAGUUGAGGGGGAAGUGGCCUAUCUUCAGCCCUGGCUGGUGUGGCCCUCCCCACCCCCCACCCUAAGACUUUGGCCUACGACUUGCUGUUCCAUCUUGCCUUUUCAUUGCUGGGGGUGCCAAGUGCCUACCCCAAGAGCUUCACACUAUGGGGCCAUUCAUAGCUCUACUAAAGCUGACUUCUGGAUACAUGUUUUAUUAUUGGGGGGCAGGGGGUUGUUAUUGUUAUAUUUUAAAUGGCCUUUUGAUUUUAUUUAUUUUUAUGUCUUGAUUGUUUUUGUUUUCUUUUUUUAACUAAUAAGGUGAGAAGAGGGGAGUUGGAAAGGGGAAAGUUAGCCCAGAAGGAAAGCAUUUUCUGCAGAUCAGCCUGAAUUCACCAAUGGCUAGGUAAGCGAGUACCAAGGCCUUGAAUUCUACCAACCAUAGCUGACAAGUGUCUAAGAAAGGAGUUCUCACUUGGAACUAAGAGUCUUCCCCACUGUGGCCUGACCCUACACUUCCCUUGAAGUCUGGAUGACCGUGAGCUUAGAUUUCCCCAACAAGGUUCAAUAUAUAUUUUUUUGUACUUAUUUUUUCCCGAAACCAAAGAAAUCUGAAAGGGAUGAAGGUUCACCCAUUUCUCUACCAUUUCCAAGCUAAGGUAGGGGUGAGCUCAGGAAGAGCUCCUCUAUCUAAUUGUUUUCUUAUCCUGUGGCCUGGCUCAGGGAACUGAAAUCCAUGGUAGCUGGAAGCUCCAGCCAGGGCCAGCCCUGCAACGCAAGUUAUAAUCCAGCCAGGAUCUUAGGCCCACAAACAACAAAUGCUGCUGCUACUGUUGCCAAUGUCCUGACACUGGUAGCCAGUUUCUAUCCUGGAAAAGCCCUUGGGUGGGCUAUGGCAAGAAACUCUGCCCUGUUAUCCAGCUCAAUUCCUGGUUCCUUGCUAACUGGGGCCCAUGCUUGGUAUUGCACGGCCCUGCUCAGCCAGCCUGGGCUUCUAGUCACUGCUGAGUUCCUCGGGGUCCUCAGAGGUUAACUGUAGCAGCAGGGGUGCUUCAUUCAACCAAAGAAUUUGCCAAGGAACUUUGCUGCUGCUACAAAUACUGGUUGCUAGCUUCUGUUUCCUCUUCAUUGUAUUUGGAAACAAUGGAAGAAUCUUGGCCAGCAGGGUGUCCUGUAGGGAGGGGGGCCCUGAGCAUGCUCUUAGUACAGUGCUGCUGUUAGAACCACUGUUAAAAAUGCCAACCUGCCAUUCUCCCAUCAAGUGGAGGAUUUUACUCUAUUCAGGAAAGCUGGUAGCUUAUAAGGGGCUAGGUUUACCUAAGUCAAGGUUGAGGAAGACUGGGGAGUGCUUUGAAUAGAGUCUGUGGUUGCCAUCUUUUUUUUUUUUUUUAAAAAAAAAAAAAACAGGCUCUUAGACAAACAGUGAACAAGUCUUGUAUUGGAGGGAGGGGUAAGGCCAAUAUAGCCCAUUAUUCUAAGAUUUUUUUUUUUUUUUUUUUUUUUUUUUUUUUUUUUUUGCUAGAACAGCUUUUGGGAACUAUAGCCCAGGGAAAAGAGUGGCCACUUACCUGGACACCAUGACCAUGGUCUGGGCUUUUUAAGUCAGCGUUAGAAUGGUUGUACCUUAAGUUUUAUUACCCUGAAAGUAUACUGAUUCUGUUAUUUGUGUCACCUAUCUCACCUCCAACUUUCAAAAGUUGGAAUCAGAGCACAAGAAUGCUCAUUUUCACACAGAGGGACAAUUUCCAAAGCAUUUAACCCUCAAACUAUAGUGCGCAGUGAAGCUCGGCAGACAGGGACUCCCACACUGCUGAUGGGGCAGUCCUGUCAUGGCUGAUAGCACUGCAAAGCUGCCAGUGUGACUUGAGAUACGGUGUCUUUCUCACGCAUUCUCAUUUCCUGGGCUCAGCCCUCCACCAAGGCCUACCGGGGGGAACAGUUUAUUUUAUUUUUUUAAUUUUUUAUUCUUUUGUGGCUGCACCUGUGGUAUACAAAAUUCCCAGGUCAGGGACUGAACCCACUCCACAGCAGAGACCUGAGCCACAGCAGUGACAAUACCAGAUCCUUAACUUGCUGAGCCACAUGGGAACCCCAGGGGGUAGCAGUUUAGAAGGAAGGCCAAGGGACUUUCCCAAAGACAGUUAUUGGUCUUCUGUCCUCUCCUUUCAAAUCCCCAUACAGGCCACAGUGGGUUAUGAGUAAGCACAGUGGUUGAUAGAGAAGAAUCAAUUUAAGAGUCACAUGUCCUCCUUAUACUCCUGUCCCAGGGCUUUGAGUCUUUUUGAGCCCCACCAGCUGCAGACUCAGCCAGGGUAGAGCAGAAGAUGCUCAAGGGGAAUCCAAGAGGAAGGACAGAGACACUGAAAAUAAAGCCCUAAAAAGAGAGAGACUAGAAGCCAAGGAACGAAGAGGGUAAAAAGAUGAAAAGCCUCUUUCAAGGCCUGGUUCAGGUUCUGUUUUCCCUUUCACGUCCUGUGCCAAAAAGCUGCCAAGGGGCACCAGGGCUGCAACCUUAAUCCCAGCCUCCCGAAAGGUGCUGCUCUGCCAGUAGCAGGUCCCAAAUGGAGGAAGCUGGGCACAUUCCUGGCCACUUCCUCCCGUCUGGAGCUUGGUGUCUCCCGCUGUCUUUGCCAAAGGAGUUGUCUAUGCCAAUAAUAUUUCUGUAACAACAUAUUGUAUUCUUUGAAGAUUAGUAGGUCUUUAGAGGGGGGUGGGGCAGGGGGCAAUUUCUAUAGAGAAAGAACCAGUGUUGGUUGUACAACUGUUGGGGGGUCAUCUAUCCCAUGUGAAGCUAUUAUUUUUCUGAAUCUUAUUGUUUCUGCAUUUGUGUCCUCCACCACUCCCUUCUUGGCUGACAUCGAUAUGUCUGCCAGAUUGUCAUCAAGGGUCAUACUUCAAUAAAAGGUGCUAAGGACAAAAAAAAAA